AUAGCAUUCAAAUGCAAUUUCUUAAGUACAUUUCAGCCGUUACAAUGCAGAACUGAUGAACGAUCCGACCUACCACCCAAAGCCUGGAGCAAUGUUAUGCCACCACGAGCUACAUGUGAUGUUGCAGAGACCAGUGGGGCUGGGGACAAGUGCCCAGGGGAAGAAGGGAGCAGUGAGAGCUCUGCUGAUGACCCAGGUAUGCUCGCUGUUUGUUCCACCAUGGACCUCAUGGAAGAGACAGCAGAUGAUCCUUGGAAUCUCCCCACUCUCGAGAACACGGGCAUCAAGUGGUCAGAAAUGGAUAAUAAAGCAAAGGUCCUCACUGUGGUGAAGAAUACUGCGAAAAUAUUAUUACUUCUGGGAUUUCUCUACUUGUUCGUUUGCUCUCUGGACAUCCUGAGCUCGGCGUUCCAGCUUGUCGGAGGAAAAGCCGCUGGGGAUAUCUUUAAAGAGAGUGAGGUGCUAGGAAACCCGGUGGCUGGGCUGGUGAUCGGAAUCCUGGUUACAGUUCUGGUCCAAAGCUCCAGCACCUCAUCUUCUAUCAUUGUCAGUAUGGUGUCAUCUGGGUUAUUAGAUGUAAAGAUGGCCAUUCCUGUGAUAAUGGGAACAAAUAUCGGGACCUCUGUCACCAACACCAUUGUAGCACUGAUGCAGGCGGGAGAUAGGAAUGAAUUCAGAAGGGCAUUUGCAGGUGCGACUGUGCAUGAUUUCUUUAACUUCCUCUCUGUGCUUAUCCUAUUACCAAUUGAAGCAGCCUCUCAUUACCUCUUCCAUCUUACGAACAUAAUUGUGGAAAGCUUUGCACUUGAAAGUGGUGAGGAUGCCCCAGCUCUUCUAAAGGUCAUAACCGAACCCCUUACAAAGCUUAUUAUAGAGCUGGACAAAAGUGUCAUAAGUGACAUAGCAACAGGAGACCCAGCUGCUGUAAACAAAAGUCUUGUUAAAAUUUGGUGUAAGACUGAGACAAUCGUGACAGAGAGUAAUGUGACUGUGCCCAGUGAAGCCAAUUGCACAUCACUUGAAUGGUGCUGGAGUGAUGGCAAUACCACUUGGACUCUGAAAAAUAUAACAGAGACAUUGAAUCUUGAAAAAUGUACUCAUGCAUUCACAUAUGCAAACAUAUCCGAUUUAGGCAUUGGCCUCAUUCUCCUUGCAGGAUCCUUGCUUAUCUUGUGCACUUGUUUGAUACUUAUUGUCAAGCUUCUUAGCUCUAUGUUGAAAGGUCAAGUUGCCACAGUUAUCAAAAAAUUUAUCAACACCGAUCUGAAAUACCCAUUUGGGUGGUUAAUAGGAUAUUUGGCCAUACUGAUUGGUGCUGGGAUGACUUUCAUUGUGCAAAGCAGUUCCAUUUUUACCUCAGCCCUUACUCCACUAGUGGGCCUUGGUGUUAUAAGUAUUGAGCGAUUCUAUCCUCUUACAUUGGGUUCCAACCUCGGUACUACCACCACUGCAAUAUUAGCAGCUCUCGCCAGUCCAGGAGAAACAUUAGCCAACUCUCUGCAGAUUGCUCUGUGCCAUUUCUUUUUCAAUAUCUCUGGAAUUCUCAUUUGGUACCCGAUACCAUUCACACGUAUACCAAUCCGUCUUGCUAAAGGAUUGGGAACCUACACUGCCAAUUACAGAUGGUUUGCAGUUAUCUACCUUAUUAUUUGCUUUUUUUUGCUUCCACUGCUGGUGUUUGGGUUAUCAGUUGCUGGUUGGCAAGUUCUGGUUGGAGUGGGCAUUCCUGUCAUAUUGCUAAUAAUCAUUGUAAUUAUCGUCAACAUUAUGCAAUCAAAAUGCCCAAGAUUUUUGCCAAAGUUUUUGCGAACCUGGAAGUUUCUUCCCAUUUGGCUGCGUUCGUUGGAACCCUGGGACCGAGUAAUGCAACGUUUUACAGACAUUUUUUGCUGUUGCUGCAAGAAAAAGUGCUCUAACAAGAUGAACAAAAAGGAAAAAGGAAUCAAAUCUUUUGAGGUUCAUGAGAAUCCAGUAUUCUUAGAUGCUAAACAGAAUGAUGUGAAGGCAUCUGCAGUUAUAGAAAAUGAAACACAUGAUCACACAACAAAAAUGUAGAAACGGAACUAAGCAAACACCUAAAGUAUACUUUGCAAAAUAGAACAAUUGUUUUAUGGGAUUAACCGUUAUCAGCACCUAUCACUUCUGAUACUCUCAAUGGAUUGGCAAAAAUCUAUGUAAAAGUGAUUCCUUCACCAAUUUAUAUUGUUUUGGAUUGUUGUUCUCUGUAUUAGUCACUUAUCCUUCUGCCCUUUCACUGAUCUACCAACCCAAAUAUCAUGAUCUUUUAUCUUAACAAAACAUGUGUAUACAUGAACCAAAAUAUUACUGCUAUCAAUAGCACAUUAAUACUGGCACAUUAGGAUAUAUUAAGAUUGGAAGAUUUAAUAUUGAUCAACAAUGAAAAAUGUUCCAAAAACAAAUAUGUAAUUGGAUUACCAUGGUUAGUUUGCACUAACCUAACCUUGUGACUUGAAAUAUUUAGCGAGGUAGGCCUGUAGGAUUCCAACGAAACAGCAGAUUUUACAUUGUACAAUAAGUACUAGUUGAAACACAUAAAUUGUUUUAAUUUGCUCAACUAUGUGAAUCUUAAUCAUAGAUGUCCUAUUUGAAAAUUACUCUGAUAGUUGUCACAAGUCAGUUUUUCUGUUGUUUCCUAGUUUAUUUGUGUUUUAUGGGUAUUCAGACGUCAAUUCAUAGUGAGGUAACAAUAAGAUUAAAUUCCAAAUUAUAAUUCAUUGUGCACAAUUACCUCUUAAUGAUACGGAAUUGAACUGUGGGACAGAACAACAUUAAAGCGUAAAAUGGGUGCACUAGGGAAAAAUACAAUACUUCCCAACAAAGGGGUGCUUCACAACCUUUGGGACUGAUUGGAAAAAGCGACGUCAUGAUUCUUGAGGGUGAAAAAUUCCUAGUGUAGUGCUGACCAGCUCAGCACCCCUCUGUGUAAGACACAUUGGUUAUAAAUUCUUGAGUAAGAUGCUCAUGUACCAUGGAUUCUGUGCAUUAUUUCUACCUGAGGUCAAGUUUCAACAAUAUUUAUAUGUAUGUCGGUUCUGUUAGAAUGGUGCUAUCAUGAUAACUGCAAUUGGCUAACAAAUGUCUUGUGACAUGCGCCUCACUCAUAUUCUGCUGUCAGGUCACAAAGAUCUCAGAAUUUUAGUUGGUAUGAUGAUAUGUGACAAUCAUCCUGUGAAUUGUAGCAGGAGUGUUUGAAUGGCUGAAACUAUUCUAUCACAAUGUCAACCAGUAUUUGAACCAUUGGAAGUGAGUAUUCUGACAGUGCAGUACAAGUAUUGAGUUGAACAUGCAUUUAUAAUGUCAUUUUAAGUUGAUAUUGUAUAGAGACACAAUGAUAACAUCUAACGAUAUCAGUUCUUUCAGCUUUAUUGGUAGAGAAUUAGAUUCCCUAACUCAGAGGCUUGCAAGUUUAAAUCCAAUUUUUUUUUUGGAGGGGGGGUUAACGAAGAGGUUCCAUGUGGUGGCAUUUUGUGAGUGCUUACUGCAAUUUUCAGUUACCUGUACAUGUUAUCAAAGAGCCCUUCACGUGCUGCCACAUGGAACAUAGAACUUUUGUGCUGCCGCCAUAGGUAGAGGUUCAGCAAUUCGCAGCCAGAUUGCUGGAGGCUAUGCACAAGCACUAUCCCAGGGCACGGUCCCCGCUCCUCACUAUUUCUACUUUUGCAGGAUGGUCAUAGAAAGGAUAAUAAUGACACCCUGUGUCUGUGACCCAUUCUAUUCCAUGCUCCAUAGAAGCAAAGCUUAAAAUGGGAAAGAAAUAAAUAGAUAGAUAUCUAAAAAGGGAUAUGAGGAAUUUGAAGGAGGUAUGAGGAAUACAGGAAACAUAGGAAAACAAGAAUAGAGGGAGACAAUUCAGCCCCUCGAGUCUUUUCCAGAUUACAGGGUAAAUGGGACCAAAUGGAUUGCUCUUUUAGAGUAGCAGCAGUGACACCAUGUGCCAAAAGGCCUUCUUCUAUGCUGUAAAUUUCUGUGGUUCUAAAUCCACUAAAAUACAUCAGUGCCCUGAGAUGUCUUUCCGAUGCGAAGGGCGCUACACAAGUGUAAUUUGUUGUUGUUGUAAAAAAAGAAAUUAGAUUUACUAUGAAAGGGAUUAAAAUGUAAGAGACUGGAAUAUAAUUCACUGAAAUUUCAUCUUUGACAUGUUAAUAUACUUUUUUAGCAGAAUUUAUAAUGUAUGUAUUGAAUGAGUAAUUGCCUAAAUAUGCAGAGCCAUAUUAAUUCGAAUUAUGAACUUUGGUCUAUAUUUUGUGAAAGUUGUUUUUCUAUUGUUUUCUAAAUUUUCAAUGACUUCUAAAGACUGUGGUGAUAUUAAAAUAUACAUUUCAUAUAUUACAAAAAAUGUUUUUUACUUACUUGCAAUAUUCAAAUCAUACAUACU